AUGAGGGACGGGAGAACAAGGGAAGGGCUGUUGAAAGUACUGGUGAUCAGGGGAAGGAACCUCUCCAUCCGAGACCUCCGCAGCAGCGAUCCCUACGUCGUCGUCAGCUGGAGGAACAAGGUUCUUCCCCCAAUUCUCUCUCUCUCACUCUCUCUCUCGCUCGCGCUGUGUGCUAUCCUCGGCGAGGCCUCUCUCUUUACCGCCCGCUGCUGCUGCAGCCUGCCGCUCUUCCUCAGCUCCGGGAGGGAAGGGUGGGCAGGAGGAAGAAGACGAGAAGGAGGGAGGUGGCAGGGUUCGAGGGCGGAUCGGCGGUCUGCAUCCGAUUUCGGGUCGAUCCUGUCCGAUUCAGUCCUCCCCCCCUCUCCCCCUCCCCCCGGUGAAUCUCCAUCUGUGUAGUCUGCUUCCUAAGGGCUCGGGAUCUGUGAACGCGUUCCCGGAUGAACCCGGAUGAGAGGGAGGGAGGGCGAGAGAGAGAGAGGUUGGACCGGUUUUUCUUUGUCUUUGAAAUCGUGUGAGCAAGGGAACUAGGCCGAACUGGGCAGAAUUGGAUUUCCGGUUGUCAGUUGUCACAUUCCUUAGGAAACCAAUUGCGACACCAAAGCGGGUAUUUCCUCGGGCGGCCAUAGGACUCCCCUAGGGAAAGUCAACCUUCAUAGAAACUGCCCCAAAUGGGUUUUGCCAACCUGGUUUGGGGGUAUCCUAAUAAAUAACAGUUAGUAAAGAUACAUUGAAACCUUACGUUGGUAUUGAAAAGUUAGUGACUACUGGUUGCCAUCGUCUUGACUUGAGCUUUUUCAUUCUUUAUCAUCAGCUUAUUUACCAAGUUGAGCGGUAACCGCAUUGCUAACAGAAGAAAAUUUCUUUUAGACAGGGUAUGGAGCUUACAAUUAUUCAUUGCUAAUGUUCUUCCUUUGUCCUUGAUUUCUAAUGAUUUUCCGCAGCGAGUAAAGACAAAAGUGAUAAAAAAGAAUGUCAACCCGGAGUGGAAUGAGGACUUGACCUUAUGUGUACACGAUCCAAGCAUCAAUAUCAAGCUGGUGAGUCCCCAGAAGUGCUCUUUGUUAAUGAUAACAGUGCCCAUGGGUGCUCAUGGAUGUUUAUCAAUACAUCGUUAAUUGACUCCUAGUACAUGAUAGAAAGGUAGUUGGAAAUUGGGCUUGAAUUGGCCAACAUGUUCUCCAAUCCUAAUUUGAAUUAUCUUAGCCGUUGACUAAUUUAGCCACUAUGUUCAUCUCAUAUGGAGACCAUUUAAUUUGAUGAUGUAGGAAUGAUAAUACAAUUAAACCAACUCUAGUACUUUUUGAGUAGAGGCUAGAAACAUAUAUUAUUAGAUCAUCCCACACACCCUUAAAGUCAUUAUGAUCAUUUCAUUCAUCAUUGAAUUAAAGAACAUUAAUAUCAUAAAAUAUGGGAUUAUAUCAUAGACCUCCAAAGUUGAUAAUAUUGCAUAUGAUUUCAUUCAUAUUCCUUUUGGAAAACAUUAGAUGAUCGUGAGAUGUUUCAAAUGCCAUUUGGUGUGCUGGUUUAACAUUCCAAAUUAUUGAAUGAUACUAUAUACCUGUAAAUUAACUGUAGCGACCAUUACAAUUUCAUAUAUCAUCUCAUAUAUCAAUUGAUUCACUGAAAUUGACACUAUGCACCACUACUUAAUUUCUUAUGCCCAUUUAAUCUGCUAAAGCCAAUAUUGUUCCAAAUACAAUUUGAAGUUAAUGAGUCGUUCGUUGAUGAUCAUUCAAGUUAGUGAUCAUUGCAUGAAGUAUCUCACUUCUGGAGUACUAAUAUUGUAAAUCAUUAGAUCAUCUAAUAAACUGAUUUUAGUAGAUCGUCUUAUGCACUAUCUGAAUUCAAAAGGACUAGCAUGACAAAAUAUUACACUAUCUCAUAUAUCAUUCUAAGUCAUUCAUAGAAAUAAUACCAACGAUUAUAUUUCUUUUGUGCGGCAUCAUCUCUCAAACAAGAUGAUAAAAAUGAAUCAUGCGUUGUCCAUUAGAAUGUAUGGCUGUAAGUGUACCUAAUGAAGUUCAUCCUAUUAUAAUAAUUCAUAAUGACUUAUACAUUUAUUUUUUCUGGGUAAUUCAGGAAGUUUUUGACAAGGAUACCUUCACCCCUGAUGACCCCAUGGGUAAUGUAGAGAUUGACAUACAACCACUUGUGGAAGCUGGAAGAGCAGAUUUAGGAACUCUCUUGGACAAUGACAUCAUAAGAAUUGUGAGUCCUGACUCAACCAAUUGCUUGGUGGGUGAAAGCAAGAUCUAUAUCUACAAUGAGAAAGUGGUCCAAGACAUGAUCUUAAGACUUAGGGAUGUAGAAUGUGGAGAAGUAGAGUUGAGGUUGGAGUGGGUCAAUGCUAGAAGAAAUUAG